UUAGACGAUAAAAAUUGUAAAAAAUUCAAGCGUCUGUGAUACACAAACAAAGAUCAUUUGCGUUUGUGGUGUUUGCGAAUUGGAUCUCCAGCAUGAUUAAAUUAUGCUUAUUGUUCUUGAUGGGGUUUUCAUUUGUGUUGCCAGCACUUUCACAUGAUAUCAAGUGGAUAUGGCUAGCUGGAUCAGAAGGAUCAAGUGAAGUAACAACACCAACAAAUCCUGGUGGAAGGAGUGGGGCUGCCUCAGCAUCCUACUGGGAACAGGAAUUCUUCAAAGCUGUCUGGUUGUUUGGUGGAGAGUUUCAUGUUGAUAAUAGUAAACCAGGUUUAAAGAAUGACCUUUGGAAGUACAGUAUGUUAUCACAGUCGUGGAGCAUGAUUCACAAUGGUACAGGAGAGAAGAUUUUAGAAAUUCCAAUUCGUCGUCAAUUAGCUGCUUCUUGUUCGUUGACAGAAACUUAUUUUGUAUUAUACGGCGGGCUUGGUCCGGGUGAGAAAGUAUUAAACGACACCUGGAUUUUCUAUGCAAAAGAUAGUAAGUGGUACACUUUAGAAGAUUUUCGUAUCAAAGUUGGUGCCAGUAAUAUGUCUGGUAAUAGUUGGCCUGGUGCUCGCGGAGAUAUGUCAGUAUGGUGUACUGAUGAGUACAUGUAUGUUUUUGGUGGCUUUAAUGAAGAUAAUGGGCUGCAUCAUGAUUUAUGGAAAUUUAGUUUAUCAACAUUGUCUUGGACUGAAGCAAAAUCAUCAGCAGAGCUUCCAGCUGAUCAUGAAUUUGUGAAGCAUCUAAAUUAUCCUAGCGGUAGAUCAGGGGCCACAACUUGGGUAUCAGGUGAUAAACUCUUCAUGUUUGGUGGGAACAUUAUGGCAAAUAAUCUGCGAUCAAAGCAUAUGAUGGUAGGAAACACUGGUGAUCUUUGGGAAUAUGAUAUAAAUGAAGAUUUAUGGUCAUAUCAUGUUGGUUCAAGGAAAGUUUGCAAUACAGCUGCGAAAUACGGGGAGCUUGGGUCAGCUUCUAUUCUUAACUUACCUGGCUGCAGGAGACGAGCUGCUGCAUGGACUGACGUGGAGGGUAAUUUAUGGAUGUUUGGAGGGGACGGUAUAGACAACUCUCAAGCUUCUUUAUCAGUAUUUUCUCAUUCUAAACUACUGUCUGACAUUUGGUUUUAUGAUGUAGCAACUAGUAUGUGGACCUGGAAAGGAGGUGAGAAAUUAGGUGAUCAAAAAGGAAAAUUUGGAAAGAGAGGUCAAAGUUCAGAAGAUAACCUUCCAGGAUCAAGAUGUGAGAGUGUAGCUUGGGAGAUGGAAAAUUAUUUCUAUUUAUUUGGGGGAGUUGGACAUGAUGCACAUGGAAAAGAUGGUUAUCUCAAUGAUAUAUGGCAAUUGGAUGUUCACCUAGACCAGUCUGUGUACCGUAAUGCCCCGACUGCUGGACCUGUGUUUGCUAUGAUUUUCUUCAGCUUAGGACUGGUCAUCUUUGUAUCCGUAUUAUAUCUAUUUAGUAGAAGAUAUUUCCAGGUAAAGCCAGGCUCUAGUCGUGUUAGCUACAGUAGAAUACCUCAAGACCAAGAUAGUUAGGAAAUAGUUAAAACAUUAGAUGAAUUUUAUGUUAAUAGCUGAUAAAUACAUGAAGACAUACUCUCUUAAAACAAUUGUGAUAAACCUGGUUUAUGUUUUGGUAGUUACACCUUAAGGGGUCACAUGUAUGUUGAACAAAACAAUUUAGUAUUGCCUAAUUGUUUACUAGUACAUAAAUAAUAAACCAGAUUUAUAGGUAGUUAAUUUGAUUUUUGCAGUUUCAUUUGUAUGUUUUGUUCAUUUUUUUGUAUGAAUAUUUCUUAAGGUACACUAUACAGUACAAUAGGAUUCUUGUAUGUUUAUAAUGUAGUGUUUCUAACCUUGUUGGGGGCCUCAAUGGUCAGGUGGUAAAGAUCUUCUCUGACUAUAUCACUUGGUUUUCACUGAUCUGGGCUCAAAUCCCAUCUGUAACUUCUUUCAUGUGAGGAAAAUUUCCAGCUAGGUUAUGAAAGAUUGAUGGUUCUACUCAUGGGCCCAAAUGUGCCUGAAGUAAUCUAGGAAGGGGUACCAGUGGUCUUUCUCCAUCAGAAAAGCCGGAAAGUAGCUACAUACAUAUGAACUUUACAGUAUUGGUGUUACUUAAAACUUAACAUAACUUCAUGUAAUUGCCAAAUGACAAAAAAUGAACAAAGUUUAGGUAUAAGAAUAACAACUAAUAUUGAUAUGGUACCUAUAAUAGUUAUCUUGAGUAAAAUACAUUAUUUAAGAGUUUGCUAUAUUGAACAUACAACAUGAAACAGAAGCUUAAAAUGAAAUCACAUGAUGAUAAUUUGUAAUUAUCUCCCUUUAUCUAUUUUUGUGGUAAUGCAACCAAGAUAGGAUUAUGAAACAAAAAUUCUGUGGUAACAAGCAGUUUUUAACCUAGAAAGGUGAGUGAGGAAUGUU